GCAUAGCCUUCAAUAGCAGAACAAAUCAGGCCAGCCAGCAAGCUGCCAAGUCUUGCAAGCCCCUUGUCAAGGAAAACAGCUGGAUCCAUUUCUAAUCAAUGUCUCCCAAUACAACACCUCUGGAUCGGUGAAGGAGACCAGACCAGAAUUUGAAAUUUUCCCAAGACUUCUAAUACACAUUGAAUGCAAAAGGAUACUUAGGUUGCCCUUGAGACAAAGAGGAAAAAUACGGGUGUCACUUUCAUCCAAGGAGUCUACAUUUAAACUUUGGUACAUAUAAUGGAUGAUGGUUAUUGAAAUAGUCCAAACUUCUAUCACAGUGCAAGGGAUAUAGUGUGAGAGAUAACCAAGCAGUCCCAGAACUAAGGAAUGGAUGACUACAGAUAUCAGGACAACUAUGGGGGCUAUGCCCCCAGUGACAACUACUAUCGUGGCAAUGAGUCCAAUCCAGAAGAAGAUGCACAGAGUGAUGUUACGGAAGGCCAUGAUGAGGAGGAUGAGAUCUAUGAGGGCGAGUACCAGGGCAUCCCUCACCCAGAUGACAUCAAGGCCAAGCAGACCAAGAUGGCACCCUCCAGGGCGGAUGGUCUUCGGGGCCAGGAAGACCUGAUAGCUGAGAGGAUGGAAGAUGAGGAGCAGCUGGCCCACCAGUAUGAGACCAUCAUUGAUGAGUGUGGCCACGGGCGCUUCCAGUGGACCCUCUUUUUUGUUUUGGGUUUGGCCCUGAUGGCUGAUGGGGUAGAAGUGUUUGUGGUGAGUUUUGCCCUGCCCAGUGCAGAGAAGGACAUGUGUCUGUCCAGUUCCAAGAAAGGAAUGCUCGGUCUGAUAGUCUAUCUAGGAAUGAUGGGGGGAGCCUUCGUCCUGGGGGGCCUGGCUGAUAAGCUGGGGAGGAAGCGUGUCCUCAGCAUGUCCCUGGCCAUCAACGCCUCUUUCGCCUCCCUCUCCUCCUUCGUACAGGGAUAUGGAGCCUUUCUCUUCUGCAGACUCAUCUCAGGCAUAGGAAUUGGGGGUGCCCUGCCCAUCGUUUUUGCCUAUUUUUCUGAAUUCUUGUCCCGGGAGAAACGAGGAGAGCAUCUCAGUUGGUUGGGCAUGUUCUGGAUGACCGGGGGCAUCUAUGCAUCUGCCAUGGCCUGGAGCAUCAUUCCACACUACGGCUGGGGCUUCAGCAUGGGCACCAAUUACCACUUUCACAGCUGGAGAGUGUUUGUCAUCGUCUGUGCUCUGCCCUGCACUGUGUCCAUGGUGGCCCUGAAGUUCAUGCCAGAGAGCCCAAGAUUUCUGCUAGAGAUGGGCAAACACGAUGAAGCCUGGAUGAUUCUCAAGCACGUGCAUGAUACCAAUAUGAGAGCUAAGGGGGCCCCGGAGAAGGUGUUCACGGUUUCCAACAUUAAAACUCCCAAGCAAAUGGAUGAAUUCAUUGAGAUCCAAAGUUCCACAGGAACUUGGUACCAGCGCUGGCUCGUCAGAUUCAAGACCACUUUCAAGCAGGUCUGGGAAAAUGCUCUGUACUGUGUGAUGGGCCCUUACAGGAUGAACACGCUGAUUCUGGCCGUGGUCUGGUUCACCAUGGCUUUAAGUUACUAUGGACUGAUAGUUUGGUUCCCUGAUAUGAUCCGGUAUUUUCAAGAUGAAGCAUACAAGUCCAAAAUGAAGGUAUUUCACAACGAGCACGUGUAUGGUGUCACAAUCAACUUCACGAUGGAAAAUCAGAUUCACCGACAUGGGAAGCUUGUGAAUGACAAGUUCACAAAGAUGUACUUUAAACAUGUACUCUUUGAGGACACGCUAUUUGAUGAGUGCUAUUUUGAAGACGUUACGUCUACUGAUACCUAUUUCAAAAACUGCACCAUCGAAUCCACCAUCUUUUACAACACAGACCUCUACCAGCAUAAGUUCAUCGACUGUCAUUUUAUCAACGUCACCUUUCUGGAACAGAAGGAGGGCUGCCACAUGGAUGUAGAGCAAGAUAACGACUUCCUGAUUUACCUCGUCAGCUUCCUGGGCAGCCUGUCCGUCUUGCCUGGGAACAUCAUUUCUGCCCUGCUCAUGGAUAGGGUUGGAAGGCUCAAGAUGAUCGGUGGCUCCAUGCUAAUCUCGGCUGUCUGCUGCUUCUUCCUGUUUUUUGGCAACAGUGAGUCUGCGAUGAUUGGCUGGCAGUGCCUGUUCUGUGGGACCAGCAUUGCUGCCUGGAAUGCUCUGGAUGUGAUCACUGUGGAGCUGUAUCCCACCAACCAGAGGGCAACAGCCUUUGGCAUCCUCAAUGGAUUAUGCAAAUUUGGUGCCAUCCUGGGAAACACUAUCUUUGCUUCUUUUGUUGGGAUCACCAAAGUGGUCCCCAUCCUUCUGGCUGCCACUUCUCUCGUUGGGGGUGGCCUGAUUGCUCUUCGACUGCCAGAGACUAGAGAACAGGUCCUGAUGUGACAACCUCUGGGGAAAGGAAAUGUUGGAAGAACCUUGUCCAGCAACCUUACCUGCCCCACCCUUCCUGUCCAUCGCUGUCCAGAGGACACCUGGAUAGCCCAGGGGGAGAGUUGUUUUUGUGACCCCUAGUUUAGCACCCAUUUCAGCUGUCCAUAUGUUUGUAACUCAGGUGACUGAUUUGGGGGUGUCCUGAGCUUUCCUCCCUUAUUAUCCCAGAGCUGUGUGCUUGGCUUCCAGUGUCCUGGGCCCAAGGUGCAAGAGGAAGGAUAUAGCCCUUGGGCACACUAAGCAAGGGGUGUGUAAGGAUGUGCAAUAACUUUUAUGCAUUUCAAAGUGAUGAGAAACACUCAAGCUCAUCCAUAAAGUUCCUCAGAUCCCAAGGACCUAACAAAUUGACUUGGCGGGGAAGUUAGAGUGAUCAUAUGAAUAUUGGGCUUGAAG